AUGAAAAGUAAUCUCGCUAGACCUGAUGUUGUUCCACGAGAAGGGUACUCCAGCAAUGGCUUAUGUGAGAAAUGUAACCGCCAACAGGAAAUAAUAAUGCGAAAAGUCGCAGAGUUUGAGCCAUUAAAGGAGGAACGCUGGAGUGAGGAGUUGGAGAUGUAUCGCUAUAAGCUAAACAAAGCCUAUCCGUUAUGUGCUAGAUGUACAUUUUUCACGCAGAACCGGAUGCAAGAAGAAAAGGUGAAAUAUGCCUAUCUAUUCGCGCUCAAGAACAAUUUCGCCAAAUCUAUAGUCAGUGGCAUUACUUCAGUUACAAGACUGGCUAAAAAGGCGGUACGACGUCGCCGACAUUUCUUUGCUGGUGGUUUCAUGGUUGAAAUACUACAUACGAUUUCAUUUGUUCUAGCCUUGUUGUUGUUCAUUUCACAGUUCAACUACCUGCAAGAGGAUGCCGGACUUGAUCUGUUCCGAUUUCCUCUGUUUAUUCAAAUGGCGCUCCCUUCCCUGCUGGGCGUAGCUUACCAUCUCGUCGGAGGAUUGUUUUGUGCUCACAUGAUAACGAUAUGGACGAAUAAGUGUCGCACAACAUUGCCGGAUCUUAUUCUUCCAGUUAUUGCUGCAAUGCAUCUGGCAUCUUUUAUUCGCCGAAACAAAUAUCGCGAAGAUUUGGCACUGUUUCGGUGUGCUUUCGCUUGUUUUGAGACAUUGUUAUCUACGGCUGUUACAUUUGUCCCACGUAAAAAGAUCUCUCGGACUCGACCGAACAGAAUGCUGUCGAGCGCAUUUUCUGUUGCAUCCACGCCUGUGUCGCAAUGUUCUUCCCAAACGAGCAGUUGCGACAACUCUAUGGUGCACGAUAGGACCCUAAACAGCAGUAUUGGAGAGAGGAAAGAUUCAACGCCGAAUGAUACCGUUGUGCGACAGCGUCUAAAAUGGCGAGAGCGUCAGCAAACGCCAGAGCCUUCAGCUAGCCCAGCAAGAAAGAUUGGGUGUGAAUACGAGAUGGACUGGGAACCGUCUCUAGAUCGGACUACUACACAGCCAUCUCGCAGUAUGCGUCCGUCAGAAGUGAUGGCGCGUAUGCGUAUGAUUCGCGAGUCCACUCCGAGUCGGGAACUUGCACCUUCUUUGUCAUCGCUCUCAUUGCUUGGUGAUUCGCAGCAAUCCGAGUCCGGCGGUUUCGGAGGAUUUACAGGACAUCGAACUCGCACAGCCGCCUCUGAAAUUGGUAGAGGCCGAUACAACGCUCCUUCCAUUGCCCCUUCACACUUUUCGGUUCGUUGUUGA